AUGGCCCCUCUCCCUUUCUCUCGAGUAAGCUUCCCCUAUGAAAUAGAUCGCGAGAAUGCAUGUUCUGAUGCGGUGUGGCAAUUCCACCCAGAAAGGAAUGGCAGUAAAGGGGAUAGGCACCCGGACAAAGACCCUCCGCGUCUGAGGCGUACUACUGAAAACAGUAGCAUAAGGCUUGCAGACCAUAGUUGGACUGCUAAACCGAAGCAACAAAGCCUUUCUCAAUUCAACCGAUUCUCGUUCUCGAAAAACCAAUCUAACAAUCUGCAAAAUGAAGCAACUGGAUUUCUGCCCUAUAGGGUCUUGGUCUUGCAUGAAGGCGAUCUACUUUUCACUAGUGAUAUGGCAAUCACGAUGGGUUCGGGUGAGCGUCUGUCUCAAAGCUCUCUGCUCAAAGCCUUCAUCCCCAAGAAUCUUCUUCACGCAGAUAAAGGUGGUAGGCUAAGCCCAAAAUCCCGGGAAAAGGAGAGCAUCGGCAACAUCAUUGUGCUUCCCUCCUCCCGGCUCUCUCUACGCGUGAUCCAACGCCGAGAACGAGAAAAGCCGGCUGCUAAACGAAGGUCGUCAUUUUCUUACGGGAUGGCACUCCUCGUUGGCUGCCCGGCUCGCUCUAUCUUUUCCUGGCCUUACCUUCUUUCAAUCGUGGAAGCUGUUUACAAAAUCCAUCUUUCUUUCCCUGGAACAAGGAGUCAAAAGAGGUCAAUUACAUUGAGCCUCUCCUGGCAACGUCAAGUCUCACUUUGCUCUCCUAGGCUUGGGAACGGGGAGAUUUCUUCCUUCUUUAGCCUACGGCUGAGCUCUGCUCCUCACUUGAUAGAGGAAAUAUCUGACGCGAAUGCGAUCGGACUAAGAAGACGAGUGAGGGUUUCCCGGUCAACUGCCCUAGAGACAGAUGCCGCUAAUGGGGUCGUUGCUCUUUCAAGGGUUAGCGAUGAUUACGACAAUAGGAUCGAUGUAAUUGAGAUUCUCGGUUCCAAAAGGUCAAUAUCAGGAAAAGACCCACCAACGGUUGAAUCAGAGGAGGAGUAUCAAAGUGGUCUCGUCCACUGA